AUGCCCCGUGUUUUCCGCAGAAUCCCGAAUCUUCCUGCUGCGGCGGAAGCACUUAUGUUUGCGCCACGAACAACAUGUGUGCCCUCUAUGACGGGUCGCGACCACAUCCACAACUCCGUCAAGCGAUGCGGUAAUGAUACAUAUUGUUGCAAUGAUGGCCCCAAAUGCAGUUGUGAUACCAACAACAAUACCCAAAAAAUCCUCGACUUCCUCCCCGUCUUCUCAGAACUCGUGGGGUCCCCCGUCUCCCUCAACACAGCCAUCGGAUCCACUUCUCUCUUCACCCCAUUCGGCGCCACACGGCCCGCCACCACCACCACCACCAUCACCACGUCUUCCUCCACGUCUUCUACCUCGCCACCCGCCGUUGUCACCGGGUUCCCUGGGGCAAAAACAGAUCCACCCGUUGCAGAAACCAAGUAUAAUAAAGAUAUCGGUAUAAAAGUCGGCCUUGGGGUUGGCAUCCCACUGGGCAUUGUAGCAAUAGUUCUUGCCUCUCUUCUCUAUCAUUUUUUGAAAAAAACCUCUUCCGGCAGCAGGGGUUCUGGCACUGGCCCCCGUGUUGCUCCUGCCUCUGGUUCCAGUUCCGGCGGAUUUCUCAGUAUUUUCAGGUGGAAAAAAGAGGAUCCCACAAUCCGGCUUCCCAUGCUCGAAAAUUCAUCACCCUCCGAAGUGCCCGAUAACGGUCCUGCUCAUGGUAACCAACCUAAUUCCCUGCUUGGCUUCUAUAAGCCAUCUGCAGAUGGAAUGCACCCGCGCAUUAUUCAUGAGGCACCUUGA